AGGCUACCGAUGAACAAUUGUCAAUUGUUGUAUUCAGUAUAAAUACAUCGAGCAAUUUAGUAGAUACGCAAAGUUUCCACUAAAUCUACAAUGAUGAAGAUAUUUGUGCUUUUCGCGUUAUGCCUCACUCUUGAAAUUGGUGGGAAUAAAUUCGGCAAACGCUGUAAGUAUAUGGACAAGGAGUGCCUGAAAUCUUCAGGCGCUGAUAAGGAAGAGGUCAAGGAGGCGCUCGAGAAGUGCUCGUUCGAGGGAGGCAAGUUGAGCGCGUUUGCGGAAUGCAUGUUGAAGAAGAAGACGAUUUUGAACGACAACGGGACUAUAAACCAACAGGUGGUUAAAAAAAUGGUCGAAAAACGUGGAAACAGUACCGAGGCGAACGCGAUCGCCCAGAAGUGCUUGGCAAUGAACGGUACUGCAAGUGCAAUUGCUAGUUCACUCGCCGGAUGCAUUUGCCAGCUUCAUAACUUGAAAAAAACUAAAAACUAGAAUCAUGUGUACUAACUCCAAUGUAAAUAAAUUGGAUC